AUGGAGGGCAUUUCUAAAAAUGUGUUAGUCCUGAAUUUUCAAAUAGAUUCGAAAAAUGUCAAGGAUCAACAGGUGUGGGCACCUCGCCCUGAGCCCAUUCCGGGCUGUCCUCCUGGCCUAGAAUACUUAACAACGGUGGAUCAGCUACUUGUUAAACAGCAGACAGAGCUUUUAGAGGUUCUCGUAGGAUGGGAAACUGCAAAUAAGUACAAGAUCAAAAACAAAAGUGGACAACAAACCUAUUUUGCAGCUGAAGAGUCAAAUGCCUGCGCUCGCCAGAUUUGUGGCCCAAAAAGAGGUUUUACAAUGCACAUCACAGACAACAUGGGCGAGGAGGUGAUCCGAGUAACAAGGCCGUUUAAGUGUUUUGCUGGAUGCGCAUGGUGUGCUUGUAUUAACGCUUUUGCUCAUGGGGUUACAGUUGAAGCACCACCGGGACAGGUGGUAGGAUAUGUCAAACAACAACUGAGUUGGUUUCCACCAAGAUAUUCAAUACUGGAUGCCAAUCGCCAGGAGGUCUUGUGCAUCAAAGGUCCUCUCUGCAUGAUUACAGGGCCAUGUUGUCCAUUCGACCUUGAAUUUGAGGUGUUUGCCAAGGACGGGAAUACAAGUGAGGGGAAGAUCAGCAAGAAGUGGGGUGGAAUGCUAGACUAUGUCCUCGACAUUGGCUCUGAUGCUGACAGUUUUGGAGUUUCGUUUCCUAUGGAUCUAGAUGUCAAGAUCAAGGCGGUGAUGAUUGGAGCUGUGUUCCUCAUUGACUUCAUGUACUUCGAAACGACCCACCUUUCGUGUUUUGCCUCGAAGAUGACGUUAUUGGCGGCUGUUACCGUGUUAACUAUCUUUCAUCUGAUUGAAUCAAAUCACAGUCCUCCAUACAAGGGAAAUUUUAAUCUGUUUUUGAGAUCGGACAACAAGGUCUACAUACUCAAUAUCAAUGGAAGAAGAGUCCAUUUGAAGAAACCCAUCCUCAACCUCGAAGGAAAAAUUGAAAAUGGAAGAAGAGAGGCAGAGGGCUUCAAUGUUAGUGAAAUAUUAGGGAGGAGGAACAAUACAGCCAUCAGAAAAUCAACUCUCCGGCGCUCGCAACGGCAAACUUAUCCAGGAACAAAAUGGUGUGGCAUUGGGAACGAAGCUACAAGUUAUGAAGACUUGGGAACAAAUAAGGAUGUGGACAUGUGUUGUCGAGAUCAUGACUUCUGUGAUGUAAAAAUUGAGGCUGGAAAAAGCAAUUAUGGUCUGAAGAACGAUGGUUUUUUCACCAUAGUGUCCUGUGAAUGUGAGAAGGUAUUUUAUGGUUGUUUAUCAGAGAUACCACAAUACCCUCAUGCAGCUAUUAUUGGAUUUGUCUACUUUGAUCUUUUUAGUCCUAAGUGCAUUGGAAAGAAGAAAGUGUGUACUAGGUACACGUAA